UAUUCAUCCGUCGGUUUGAACGACACGUAGACUGAAGCGUAGAAAUUGAGUCAUCGUCCGCAGAAACUCAUUUCACGUUAUACUGGCAUGUCGGUCGCCUCCUAAAUCACGACAUGAACGACAAAGCUCGCGACGAGUGCAAAGAACCGUUCUACGACUCCGUACGAGAGACAAUCAUAACGUUGCUUUCUCUUGUUUUCUUGAACGCCGUUUCUUAUGUCGUCAUACGACAGUACAAACGCAAACGAGAAUCGGAGGAGCUCUACACAGACGAGGAAGGAACGAUGACGUACAGGAUCUCACUCUGGAUGUGUGUCUUUACGUUGUCUAUUUCUAUGGGAGCCGUUGUACUUCUACCCGUGUCGAUUGUGACUGAAGAAAUCUUGUCUCCCUACAUGCACAACGACUACAUCAAUUGGCUCAAUCCAGUGCUCAUACAAAGUCUCUGGAAUCAGGUGUUCGUGUGUUCCAAUUUGUGUUUGUUUCUUCUCAUGCCGUUUGCUUACUUUCUCACCGAGGCCGAGGGAUUCUCAGGAUGGAGAAAGGGUAUUAUGUCUCGAGUUUGCGAGACAUUCGUAAUCCUGCUCUUACUGGCGAUUUGCAUGGCCGUUCUCACUCAGUUGGGUAUUUCCUUCUGGAGUCGACAGAGUCCGUUUACUCUUCUCGAGCACUGGUCAUUGUACUUUGAGUUUCUCUACUCUCUUAUCUCGGUGGUCGGCGUCUUGCUCACUCUCAUGUGUACGCCAAUCGGACUCACCAAGAUGUUUAGCAUUGUCAACAAUCUCUUGGCUAAACCUCAAUUCUUACGAGAUCUGGACAGUGAAGUUCAUGGGAUCUCUCUGGAGAUCGACAAUGUCCGCAAGCGUUUGGAAGGAGUUGGAGGUGUUGGAAGUAAUAGUAGUGACGACGUAGCUGAGCUAACGGCAAGAGCAGAGCAACUAGAGUAUCGGAAGAAUGAUAUUUAUCGCCAAUUAUCGGCAUCACGAUGGCAAAAAAACGUUUUCUAUCCACUGACAAUGCUCUUUGUGUUGCUCUUGAUGGGAGUGACUAUGUUUAUGGUAUUCGUAAACGUACUUCGACUGAUUGUUGUGGAAGGCUCAUUACCUGUAGUAGCCACGGAUGUGCUUCUGGAUCAGCCACAACCGACGACAGUCAUCGGACGAGUGAUGUCGUUUGUUGAAGUGGCCGUUACUCUAUACUUGGUAGCAGCUUCUCUCACCGGUUUCUACUCUGCCCCUCUUUCGACCGGAUUGCAGCCUGUGUUGCACAGAACUUCCAUUCUAAAGAUCAUUGCCAAUUGUGUUGCCGUGUUGAUGCUCAGUUCAGCAAUGCCAGUCGUGACUCGAAUGCUAGGGCUGACACGAUUUGAUCUGGUCGGGUAUUUCGGUAGCUUUGCUUGGCUUGGUGAUCUCCGUGUUGUGUUGCUGUACAACUUGCUGUUUGAGAUUGCGAUGGCCGUUACACUGACACAGACUGUGACGAAGUCUAUAGUCAAUGACCUUAGGGAAGCAUGGACGAAGGUAGUGGUAAGUAAGGCAUAACGACUUGUGUAUGAGAGGCUGUAUUUUUGUAAGCAUUGAUGCGAGUGUAAUAAUUAUGUAAUAGUCACGUGACAUAUGUAAUAGUCACGUGACGUAUGUAAAAUCACGUGACUUCGUAUUUAAUUAAUUAAAAUGGCUGGCUAGAA